AUGGAAGUGACUAUAACGAAAAUGGAGCUGAUAACGGAGCUGAUGCUCACUCCUGCGGAGGCCUACGAACGGCUCAAGGGCAUAAUCACGGAGGUCAACAACAUCAUCCACGCAUUCCGCUCCGAGAAAUACAUGUCCCACGUGGACUCCCUCUCCCUGUCAGCUGGCGCCACGUCAGCAGGCCAUCCAGCUGACGCCGACGGGGAAGCAAGCGGGGGAGGAGCAGGAGAAGGGCAAGGGAGGGGGGUGGGGGAGGGGGAGGGGGAGGAGGAGGAGGAUGAGGAGGAUGUUUUUUCCCCGGACAAGGGGAAUGUGGCAUUGGCAAGUGCGGUGGAUGGGUACUAUAUUCCCAAGACCAAGAAAAUUCUGAAAAAGAAAGCAGCGCAGGCGGCAGUGGGCGGCGCAUCUUCGUCUGCCGCCGCCCGGCUGCGGCCGAUGUUUGUCCAGUUUGUGCUGGAGCCCGUGUGGCAGAUCUACGAGGCUGCCGCCCAGGGAAGCAACAGUAACAACAGCAGCAACAGCGGCAGUGACAGUAGCAAUGCAGACAAAUCCAAUCCGAUUCUCGAGAAGAUCAUAUCUUCGCUGGGUCUGUCUGUGCCGCCCAAAGAUCUCCAGCACAAGGAUCCUCGCACAGUCGCCCAAUCAGUGAUCGCCAGGUGGCUGCCUCUCGCGCCCUGCAUUCUCUCCAUGGUGGUGGACUGCCUUCCCGACCCUGUCGCUGCCCAGAAAGACAGGCUCGGGUGCUACCUGCCGAACCGGCCCGCCGUACCAGCUUUGUUAGACAGGUCUGGGGAAGCGGGAGCGGGAGUGGAGGAGGGAGGGGAGGAGUCGGUGUUGCGCCAGGUGGCGGCGGUUGAUAGGGCGGUGGAGAUGUGUGAUUCGAGCGAAGAGGCCCCGUGUGUGGUGUUUGUGUCUAAGAUGUUUGCUGUGCCAUAUGAAAUGUUGCCUAGGGAGGAGCAGAGAGCAGAAGAGGAAGCAGCUGCUGCAGCAGCAGCAGCAGGAGGGGGAGGAGGAGCAGGAGGAGGAGGAGGGGGAGGAGGGGGAGGAGCAGGGGGGGGAGGAGUGGGGUCAGGAGGAGAUGUAGCUUCAGUGGACGAUUUAGGAGUGUCCGUGCGAGAUCGCGACUUCUUUUUCGCGUUUGCCCGUGUCUUCUGCGGGCGGCUGCGGGCGGGGCAGCGCGUCUUUGUCCUUUCCUCUCUGUACGACCCGUGCCGCCCGGCGACGUGGGCGCGGCACAGACAAGAGGCGCAAGUGGGCGCACUGUUCAUGAUGAUGGGGCAGGGGCUGCAGCCAAUCAGCAGCGUGCCAGCUGGCAGCUGUGUGGCCAUCAAGGGAUUGGAGGCGUGCAUAUUGAAGAGUGCAACAGUGUCGUCUACCCCCUACUGCCAAGCAUUCGCGUCUAUGGUGUUCCAGGCCGCCCCCAUUGUACGAGUGGCCAUCGAGCCAGAGGACCCUCGCCACCUCCCCCUCCUCGCCCGGGGCCUCCGUCUAUUAAACCGUGCCGAUCCCUUUGUCGAAGUGGUGCUGGUUCGCUCCGGAGAGCACGUGGUGGGGGCGGCGGGGGAGGUGCAUCUGGAGCGAUGCAUCAAGGACCUGCAGGAGCGGUUUGCACGCAUCAAGCUCGUCGUAUCCAAGCCCAUUGUCUCCUUCCGGGAAACAAUUGUGCACACGGGAUAUGCGACGGGAUCUGCUGGGUCUGAACAUGCGUCGGUGUUUCCUACCACGGUGCUUACGGUUACCACCACCCCGGGACUGCCUCCGAGCCUCACGUCGGUGUUUGGUGGUUCUGGUGGUGGUGCUGGUGGUGCUGGGGUUGAUGGGAUGAGCAGCAGCGGGAACUCAGCGUCCCCCUUAUUAGCAGCUUCGUUAUCACCACUAGCAGCGCUGGCAGCGAAUUCGGCCUUCUCGAGUGCGUCUGCUACUUCUGGAGCAGCCAUUCCAUUGGGAUUCGGCCUUGGUUACGCUCUUGCGGUUACCACUACAGCCACCGGUUCUGCUGGUGGCAGUGCCAGUAACAGCAUUGGUGGUGGCGGUGCUGGCUCUGUUAAUAACCCUUCUCAUCCCCCAUCAGCAGGAGGGGGAGGGGCGGCAGCAGGAGCAGGUUUACCUGGGGGAGGUGCUUUCUGGACGGAGCUCUGGGCGGCAAACGGGCGGUGCCGGUGGAGGAGGGAGGGGGGGUGGGUGGCAGAGGCAGGGUUUUUGAGUCGACUCAAAAGUCGCUUGUGGAAGAGGGACGGGGGGUGGGUGGCGGAGGAAGGGGAGGGGGAGGAGGAGGAGGAGGAGGAGGAGGAGGAGGAGGAGGAGGAGGAGGAGGAGGAGGAGGAGGAGGAGGAGGAGGAGGAGGAGGAGGAGGAGGAGGAGGAGGAGGAGGAGGGGAAGGAGAAGGAGAAACGGCAGCAACGUCUCCUAGAAGCACUAGAGGACGCAGAUCCGGAUGAGGGCUUGGACGCAUCUGGGGGAGGCUCAUCUGCCGCCUCUGCUUCUGCCGCCGCUGCGUUGUCUUCUUCUGCAGCGAACCAGCCAAUGGGAGCGGAAGCGAAACGGGCGGCAGUGGCGGAUUUCCGGGCGGCAUGGAGGAGCAAACUUGAGAGAAUCUGGUCACUAGGGCCGAGACACGUCGGCCAAAACCUGCUGCUUGCUCCCAUUCCUGUGAAUCCGAGUGGGAAUAGUACAGAUAAUUCUAGUGGGAACAGUGCUGGUCAUUCUAUUUCAGGCGUUUCUGGAAGCCUGCCAGCUGGCGGUGUGGUUGUUCCUGGGCUGCCGGAAGCUUCCUGGAAGCUGGGGCUGGCGAGCACGGGUGCAGCGCAGGGUGGUGCGGAAGGGAUGGGGAAAGAGGUGGGAGGGUUGAGUGGAGAGGUUAGUGAAGCAGAUGGGGAGGAGCAAGAGGGGCGAGUGAAGCAGGAGGAGAGGGAGAGUGGUGCUGUUGUUGGUGAUGCUUCUGUUAGUCACUCGAUUGCGUUAGAGCAUGAAGAGACGCUGCGGAACGAAGCGGCUGGUGAGACGUCUCAAGAGGAGCAUGAUGACGUGGCACUGCGGCACGAAGCCGAGGGAUUGGCUGGGUCGGUGGUGAGUGGCUUUCAGCUCGCCACGUCAGCAGGCCCUCUGUGCGAGGAGCCCCUGGCAGCAGUAGCAGCCAACUCCCCUCGGCUGGUGGAAGCCAUGUUCCUGUGCGAAGUCACCACCACCACUGAGGCACUAGGGGCCGUGUAUGCGGUGCUGGGGAGGAGGAGAGCGGCGGUGGUGAGGGAGGAGAUGAAUGAAGGCUCAGGGAUGUUCACCGUACACGCGCACCUACCCAUGGCAGAGUCGUUUGGGUUUGCAGAGGAGUUGAGAGGGAGAACGUCCGGUGCUGCCAGCCCCCAGCUGGCGAUGAGCCAUUGGUCGAUGGUCCCAGAUGAUCCCUUCUUUGUGCCGCGGACAGAGGAGGAGAGGGAGGAGUAUGGAGACUCGGGGGUGGGGCUGGGGGUGAACGUGGCUCGUAGGCUGGUGGACGGGGUGAGGAGGAGGAAAGGAUUGCCUGUGGAGGAGAAGGAUGUUGAGAAGGCCACCAAACAGCGGACUCUAGCUCGCAAGGCUGGUGGAUGGAGUGAGGAGGAGGAAAGGGCUUCCUGUGGAAGAGAAGGUCGUAGAGAAGGCCAGAAAACAACGGACUCUGGCAAGGAAGGUGUGAUUGGACUUCCACUGUGGCGCAGGGAAAGAGAGGGAAGGCUGGUAAAACGGGGUGAGGAUGAGAAAAAACUACAUGUGGAGGAGAAAGUUGUUGAGAAGGCCACGAAGCAACGCACACUGGCAAGGAAGGUGUGA